AUGCCGGCGCGGCGCGAUGCGCGCGCCGUCGCGACGAUCGCGGUCGUCGUCUUCGUCGUCGUCUGCGUCGGCCGUGGCGGCGGCGCGACGGCGCUGACGCUGACGAGCGACGGGAGAACGUGUAAAUUUCCGCUCGAGGUCGGCGGGGCGACGUCGACGACGUGCGUACCGUUCGGAUCGAACGACGUCCUGUGGUGCGUCGCGGAGGAAGAUGGACGAUGGGGGACGUGCGCGGAGGCGUACGACGCGAGUGAACGCGGUCGGGUGACGAGGGAGAUGACGUUGCGCGCGGCGCGGACGCUGGGCGAUUCGUCCGCGAGCGCGGACGAAAAGCGUGCGGCGAACGAGAUUUUGGAGAACGCGAGUGCGUUGAUGCUUCGCGCGCUCGCGGAUGAGAACAUCGAGAUUGAUGGCACGGUGAUCGAUAAUCCCAUCGCGGCGUAUCUGGAGAAACGGGACGACGGCGUGGCGAGCGGGUCGCCCCCGCCGAUCAAACGGCUUCGUCCACCACCGCCGACGGCAUCAUCGCCACCGCCAUCGCCACCGCCGUCAUCGCCACCGCCGUCAUCACCACCGCCAUCACCGCCGCCCGUCGAGACACUACCGCGUUGCAGGGCUAGAGUGGACAUUCGUUGGGAGAGUCCACAAGCCGAUGGUUCGUCGGAAUUCGGCAUGGACGUGUACGUCCUUCUAUCGUCUGGCGACAGCAUUUCGGACGGCUGGAGAGUGAUUUUUAAGUUCAUGAGCGAUCAGGUGGCGCUGUACUCAAACUCGGCGUACGGUGCGGAUGCGCGGACGCUAUACUCUCCUGAUUAUGGUCGAGUGUAUGAGCUCGCCGAUCGAGGCUGGGAUGCGUUCAUCGCACUAUACUCGACGAAACGCAUCGGAUUCAACGUACGUACGAGAGCGGACUCGCGCGCUUUAAAGUUAAAACUUCUCAUUCUCAAUGGCGCGCGGUGCGAGGUCGUUGAAGAGUCAUCGCAACGGUACUGA